CAAGUUAGGCAACUUCGGACGCUGUCACAUGUUACAAUAAUAUAUUCUGACCAGUCUAAUAAGGCAAAGGCAGACAUUUACACGGCUAUACCAUUGCACUAACCUUCGCAGAGCGUACGGACGUCGGUUAGAUUACAAUGCGGCGUCAUGGCUGUUUUGUGUACGCUGUCCAUUUAUUAAUAUUAGUUAAUUGUGUGGUGUGGGGCGAUGAAGAGCCAGUAUGGAGGUGGUCGUGUGACAAUGGCAAGUGUGUGAAGACCAGGAACGGAGCCAAUUCCGAAGCCACCCUCACUCUGGAGGCCUGCAAGAUGUUCUGCGACGAAUAUGGUCUUCUGUGGCCCAGACCUACUGGUGACAUAGAUCUCGGCAACCUUCUGUCAAAAAUAAAUGUAGAUAACAUUAGAAUCAACUCACUGAGUCGAGGAGCAAGCGAUGAUCUCACGGAGGCUGCAAAACAGAGAUUUAUAAAACAAGUCUCCCUGGUUGCACCGAAAGGAGUCAAAUUGAAAGCAAGUGGAAAAUCUGUUAAUAUAAACCUUAUUAAUGAGCAACCCAACUUACGAGCUUUUUCUCUCGAUAUGGACGAGAGCUACGACCUCAAAAUCGGAUCGCCUGCCAAGGACCAAAUCAAUGCAACGGUCACAGCAAAGACAUUCUUCGGCCUCCGUCACGGGCUCGAGACACUGUCGCAGCUGUUCAUAUACAACGACCUCACCAAUCACAUGUUGCUUGUUCGUGAUGUGACCAUAACAGACAAACCCGUAUAUCCAUACAGAGGCAUCCUGCUGGAUACAGCCAGGAAUUAUUACACACUGGAUUCAAUCAAGAGAACUAUUGAUGCCAUGGCCGCCGUGAAACUCAACACCUUCCACUGGCAUAUCACUGAUAGCCAAAGUUUCCCGUUCGUGUCUGGUAGACGCCCCAACUUGUCCAAACUUGGAGUUCUUAACCCGAGAAAGGUAUACACGAAGGAAGAUAUUAGUGAAGUGGUACAAUAUGGUUUGGAGCGAGGCGUGAGGGUGCUACCCGAGUUCGAUGCCCCGGCGCACGUAGGCGAGGGUUGGCAGGACACUAACCUUACCGUUUGCUUUAAGGCUGAGCCGUGGAAAUAUUAUUGUGUGGAGCCGCCGUGUGGCCAACUGAACCCCACCAAAGAAGAAUUGUAUGAAUAUUUGGAGGACAUAUACAGCGACAUGGCCGAUGUAUUCCAACCCGAUAUGUUCCACAUGGGCGGCGACGAGGUCAGCGAGAAGUGCUGGAACUCUUCCGAGGAGAUCCAGCAGUUCAUGAUACAAAACAGAUGGGGCCUCGAGAAAUCAUCAUUCUUGAAACUUUGGAAUUAUUUCCAGAAGAAGGCACAGGAUAAAGCUUAUAAGGCCUUCGGUAAGAAACUGCCGCUUAUAUUAUGGACCAGUACUCUUACUGAUUACAGCUACGUCGAUGAUUACUUAGACAAAGACGAGUAUAUUAUUCAGGUAUGGACGACAGGCGUGGACCCUCAAAUUAAAGGGUUACUGAAUAAGGGUUACCGCUUGAUCAUGUCCAACUACGACGCGCUGUACUUCGACUGCGGGUUCGGUGCUUGGGUUGGCAGUGGAAACAACUGGUGUUCUCCAUACAUAGGAUGGCAGAAAGUUUACGAUAACAGUCCGGCUGUUGCCGCUAUGGAAUACAAGGACCAAAUUCUGGGAGGAGAAGCAGCGCUGUGGUCCGAGCAGUCGGACAGCGCCACGCUGGACGGGCGACUGUGGCCGCGCGCCGCCGCGCUCGCUGAGAGACUGUGGGCCGAGCCCGAGCACGACUGGCACCACGCGGAGUAUCGCAUGCUGCAUACCAGGGAACGCCUAAUUCGUAUGGACAUUCAAGCAGAAUCACUCCAGCCGGAGUGGUGCUACCAGAACGAAGGUUACUGCUACAACUGACAGUCUCAACAACUCAGCAAUGACAGCCCUCGCCGUCAUACUGGGCCAACCCGGUACAGCGUUCAAUUCCCCGCCCAAACAUCUCUCGCCAUCUGUGCCAUCCUGUACCGAAGAAAUGUCGCAAUAAUCAUGUAAAGUGCUUUCUGAAACAAAAUUAUGAGUCACUGUGAUUACUUUAGAUGAAUAAGGUUUCUUUAUAAUUGAAUGCACUAGUAUAAAAAGUAAUUUUGACUAAAUAUACAACAAUAUACAGCAUAUUAAAUUACGUAAGGUGUUUUCGUUAAUCUGUGUCGUUCAUUAUAGAUGUAGUUACGGUAUAUUAUAUAAUUCAAAUUUGUGAUUUCAAGAAUGGCGGCGCGACUUAGAUUUUUUUUAAUAAUGCUUUAUUCAUGACCAUGGAUACAAGUCCUUCAGUCGAAUACAUUUUUAUAAACAUCUAUAAUGUUGCCAGUUCUACUUGGAACUCGUAUAUAUGUUUUUAUGAUGAUAAUACUAUAAUAGAAAUCACCAGUGCAAUAAAAUAAGAUAAGCAUGAAGUCAGACCCAAU